AUGGAGACGAAAAGGGAUGUCGAUCUUGGUUUCGUCGAGAAUACGGAGGAGGAGAAGAAGCUGGUGAGGAAGAUUGACCUCUUCCUCAUGCCGACGAUUUGGGUGCUUUAUUGCUUCUCGUAUAUGGACCGCACGAACAUCGGCAACGCAAAAGUCGCCGGCAUGGAUGUGGACGUCGGCUUCGACUCGAACCAAUACUUCCUCGCCAUUGUGGUGUUUCAAAUCGGAUAUGUGAUUGCGGAAGUCCCGUCAAACAUGAUUCUUUCCCGAACCCGGCCCUCGCUCUACAUUCCGGCCCUCAUGAUCCUGUGGGGUAUAGUAGCUGCGCUCAUGGCACUUGUCAAGACACCUGCUCAGAUGCUCGGCAUGCGGUUCUUGCUAGGCGUCAUGGAAGCGGGCUUCAGUCCCGCUAUUCUAUUCAUUAUUUCCACCUGGUAUCGUCGGAAAGAGCAGUCGAAGCGUUUCAUGACCUUUCUUUCUGCAGGCAUCCUGUCUGGUGCGUUUGGUGGGAUCAUCGCCGGUGCGCUUGUUGCACGCUUAGAUGGAGCACAUGGCAUCAGGGGUUGGCAGUGGCUAUUCAUUGUCGAAGGCGUGGCGACUGUUGGUAUCGCAUUGAUUGCUCCUUUCUUCUUGCUCGACUAUCCCGCCACGUCGAAGCGCCUCACUCCGCGCCAACGCGAGAUUGCCAUCGCUCGCUUGCAGGCCGACGGCAUCACGAGCUCCGGGGAGCACGGAGAGAUAGCAGAGGUGUCUCAUUGGAACGCCUUUGUUCACGCUAUCUCGAAUUGGCGUUUAUGGCUGCUCUGCGCUGGGUACAUGACAAUCAUUGGGUGCUACAGCUUGAGCUACUUCAAUCCGACGUUGGUCAAAGGACUUGGAUAUGCCGGGGCCGACGCACAGUACAUGACCGUACCUCUCUACGUCGUAGCCUUCGCCAUCGCAGUCCCGACCUGCAUCCUCGCCGACCGCAUUCCCAGCUACCGCCCUCUUCUCGCCCUCAUCGUCCUCGUCCUCGGCUCCCUCUUCUGCGCGCUCUCCGCCGGUAUCUACGCCUACAUCCCCCGCUACGUCUUCCUCUGCUUCAUCAACUCCGCAAUCUGGACCGCAAAUCCGCUCGCGCUAUCCUUUGCGUCGGUGUCGAUGGGCCCUCUGCAGCCAGAGACGCGCGCUAUCAGCCUUGCUAUCGUGAAUGGUAUGGGUAACCUGGCUCAGAUUUAUGGCAGCUAUCUCUUUCCGUCGGAAGAUGCGCCGAAGUAUUUGAAGGGAUUUGGCACGUAUGCGGGGUUGUUGAUGUUUGGGGCCGCGGUGUAUGGGACGGCGUUUUUGCUGUUUAGAAGGUCGCCUUUCAAGGCGAGAACUUAG